UAAUCCAGCAAUAUCACGGCGAGGGACACCAGCAAUGGGCUUCAAACAUUAUAUCCACGUGGGGAUUCGCACCCGGGCCAUCGACAUGUAGAACGAACUCUUUGACCAUGAGACCACCACACCGCCCCUCUUGUUGAAGAGUAUAUGUAGGCGUGUUACACCAGACAGGAGCAUUUACUUAUAUAUUUGCAUAUAUAUUUUGUAGAAGUUACAAGUCCUAUGUAUUUUUUCAAUGGUGGAGAUGGACAGGAGGAUGUCAGACCAGGAGAUAACAUGCCCUAUGUUGGAUUGGGACUCAGGAAUGGCUAGUGAUGGUAUAAGCGUAUCUGAGCAUGUAAUUACCAACAUCUCACCAGCCGUCACUCCUCCUGAUACAGGAUGUCGGGUUCAAGAAAUCAACUCAUGUCUGGCAUCCAGACCUCUGAUGGUCCGAAACAGUCACGGUCAGCUUUACAUGUAUCAAGUAAACCUUACGUUCUCUCUACAAACAGUGAUACCGGACAAUACGACGGUACUGGAGAAAACUCUGACCGCCUCCCCUGUAGAUGCUGGCUGGAGUCAAGUCACUGGACUGAGUGUACGUGUUGUUACAUGCCUAAAGCACAAGCAGCAGCUGUGUCUCCGGGUGUUCUUCAACAACACCCUCCUCACUGAUCACCCUCUCAUUCAAAACACAGUUGGACAAUCCUAUGACCUACAACUGGGUUUCUUGUUGGAUGGCUCCAAUAACAAAAUCCAAGUUCUUAAUGCUACUGAUAACACAGUGUACACCACCGUCACAGAUGUUGCCCUUGACAGACCCAUGUGGGUCAAGAUGUAUGCUGGUCGUCCUUCAACCUUAGAGUCAAGAGUGGAACUGAUAUCAGGCCACAACAUCACAGGAUCCUUCACCGACUACAAUCGGUAGAAUAGUCUCAAUCAUCAGCAAUACACUCUACAUGUACAACACAGAGUCCAAUGUCUGAAACCAGGCCACACGUAUAAUUAUUUGAAGUUUUCAAUGUUGUCAGUCAUGAUCGAAGUAUGACACAGAUGUUGCAUGCACUGUAAUGGCGAUUGUUUUGCAGUUAAUGUAAAUUUCAAAACCUGUCGUACAAGAACGAAACGAAAUAUCAACUAUGAAUGAAUACAACAUGUCAAGAAUGGUUAAAUGUGAUUCUUAAUACAUCAAAGGUCUGUGGCUGUUAUUAAAGACCAUAUCAAUUAUCGAGGUUAUAACAGAAAGGUACAGUUUGGAUUAACUACUAUUUUAUUAUUGAAUAUAUUCAUGCUGGCAGUGAAUACAUUGUGCUCUCUGUGUAUUACCGUUGGCAUGCACAACUGAUCUUGGUCAUUUGAAGAUUUAUGGGCUUUGAGAAACCGAUGUAGCCGAGAAUAAUACACUUUUAGUCUACAUAUCAAUACACUGUUAGUCUAAAUAUCAAGAGAUUUGUUUUUUAACAUGAAGUAUGUAAAUUCCCAUUUCCGGACUACUGAUUGAUCACAACAUUACGUUUUUGUGUAAGUUGCAUCAAUAUCUCUUCAGAUGUAACGUUAAUAUAUGUACAUAUAUAGAACAGCUCGUUGUGGGAUUCAUGAAACGAUAACAUGAUGCUUUGUAAACUGCUGCAAUGGUUAAACUAAGGGAGAUAAGCCGUGAAAUACUGCUGGCUAGAUCUUGUUUAACGUGUAGUAUGUAAAUUACGUUUUUGUGUUGCACCAAUAUAUCUUUAGAUGUAACAAUGUAACGUUAAAAUACGUACAUAUAUAGGUGUAGAACAGUACUAUACCAGCAAACAGACAUGGGUAUUUACAUUAACGUUUCUACUGUUGAUAGCUCUUUGUGGGAUUCACCAAACGAUAACAUGUUGCUUUGCAAUGGUUAAACUAAGGGAGAUCACCCGCGACCUACUGCUGUCCAGAUUGAAUUGAAGGCAAGUAUGUUUUCACUGGAAUAUAAUUACGAUUUUGGACAUGCUAUCCAUAGCGUGUGUGUAUUUAGCUGACAUAUUUUUGUGAAUAUGUUAAAUGGUGUAUGUGUUUGUUAAGUUUCAAAUAUAUAUAUUUAUAUUUUGUAAAUCUAGAUUGAAUUUUUUAUAAUCUGUUCUCUUUCCCUCAGACUUUUUGUCAUGUGACAGUUGUAAGGAAUACCUUAUAUAUUUCAGGUUGAAGUAGCAUAAAAGGGAUUGUUGCCGCUUGGUAUCUUGACCUUGUUUUUUUUAUUAUUUGGAAUAUAUGCUUUGAUGUUUUGAUAACAUAGUGAUAUCAGUCAAUGUGCCCUGGUAUAUUAAUAGUAUAUUUUUCUAGAUUCCUGAAUCAAUAUGUUUUAUGUAAGAACUAUAAAGGAAACCUCAAAAGAACACUCUUUUGAUCUUGUCGUAAUUUCUAUCAAUGUUUUAUUCUACCCACAAUGACUCAACACUAUCAGUAUCGAGUUUGGACAAGACAAUCCAUUGAUAGACAUCGUGAGCAUCGAUCCACGUAAUUGGGAUAUGAUGGCACACAGCCUCUCGUGAGUUUCUAUCUGUAGGUUACCAUUAACACAGACGGUAGUAGCCUACUAGCCUGUACGGUAGCAUUCACACAGCCGCCUCGUGGGUUACUAUGUGUAGGGUAGCAUUCACACAGCCGCCACGUGGGUUUCUAUCUGUAGGUUAGCAAUCACACAGCCCAAUCGUGGGUAACUGUCUGUAGAGUAGCAUUCACACAGCCGCCUCGUGGGCUACUUUCUGUAGGGUAGCAUUGACACAGCCCCCUCGUGCGUUUCUAUCUGUAGGUUAGCAAUCACACAGCCCAAUCGUGGGUUACUGUCUGUAGAGUAGCAUUCACACAGCCGCCUCGUGUGCUACUUUCAGCAGGGUAGCAUUGACACAGCCUCCUCGUGGGUUACAUUUUGUAGGCAAACAUUCACACAGCCGCCUCGUGGGUUACUAUCUGUAGGGUAGCAUUCACACAGCCCCUUAGUGGGUUACUAUCUGAAGGGUAGAAUUUACAC